CCGCUGGAGCGUACCAGGAGCACUAACCGACAAACAUAACUCUUUGAAUCUUCUCUUUGCUGCCUGUGUGUUUGUCGUGACCAAAGACGUGUGAACAUUUAAUAUCUAUCUAGUUACCAUAUCAUACUUACAUACAAAUACACGUGUAUCUAUACAGAGAGACAGAGAGAGGGAGGGAGAGAGAUUCUCAGCUUGAAGAGAGAGAGAGAGAGAGGGAUUAUCAGCUUGAAGAGAGAGGCACGGAGAGAGAGAGAUUAUCAGCUUGGAGAGAGACACAGGGAGAGAGAGAUUAUCAGCUUGGAGAGAGAGAGAGAGAAAGGGAGGGAGAGAGAGAUUAUCAGCUUGAAAAAUUCCUAGGUUCAAAUUGGUGCAAAUUCAAGAAGUUGAAGGCCCAAGGUUCACUUUGUAGAUCUACUCAUGAUGUGAGUUUUUAAGAGAAUGAAGUGAAUUUAGUUGAGAUUGUGUGGAAUGAUAAAAGGGUGUUUCUCUGGAUUUGAUUUGGCAAGGAAGUGAAGUAUUUAGAAGGUGAACAUUGAUAAGGCUUGGUUUGGGGGAUAUGCAAUUAAGGGGUUCUUCCUUGGAGGAAGGGAAGAAUCCUACUGUUACAGUUAAAAUCAACCAACCUAGAGUCAUGCCACACAGGCUCCUCAAGUUACUUUUGCUGUUUCUGGUUUUAUGUUUCAUCUUUUCGGCUGUUACCAUAUCUCUCAUUCGGCAUUUUGGAGGUCAGAGCAUAUUUGUGACAAACAUGUCGAGGACUACCUUUUUGUCGUGCAUUGAUGAAGAGCCUCUUAAUUUUGAUCGUUGGAUCAGACCUCCAACUAACUUGUUGCACAGUAUGAAUGAUAGUGAGCUUUUGUGGCGGGCUUCAUUUAUCCCACAAAGGAAGGAGUAUCCAUUUAAAAGAGUUCCAAAAAUUGCAUUCAUGUUCUUGACCAAAGGGCCAUUGCCACUGGCACCUAUUUGGGAGAGGUUUUUUAGAGGGCAUGAUGGCCUUUAUUCUAUCUAUGUUCAUUCCCUGCCAUCAUUUAAACCUCAGUUUCCAUCUUCAUCAGUUUUCUACAAGAGACAGAUACCAAGUCAGGUAUCGGAAUGGGGGAGGAUGAGUAUAUGUGAUGCUGAGAGAAGACUUCUUGCUAAUGCCUUGCUUGACAUCUCAAAUGAAUGGUUCAUUCUCCUCUCAGAGUCGUGCGCUCCACUCUCCAAUUUUACUGUUGCCUAUCAGUACCUAAUGAAAUCCAAAUAUAGUUUCAUUGGUGCAUUUGAUGACCCGGGACCUCAUGGAAGAGGACGUUAUAAGGAGAACAUGCUACCUGAAGUGAACAUUAGCGAAUGGCGGAAAGGAUCACAAUGGUUUGAAGUUAAUCGUAAGCUUGCCAUCAGUAUAGUGGAAGACAACAAAUUUUAUCCAAAAUUUUUGGAGUUCUGCAGACCUCCAUGUUAUGUGGACGAGCACUACUUUCCCACCAUGCUGACAAUUCGAGCACCAACGAUGUUAGCAAACAGAAGCAUCACUUGGGUGGAUUGGUCGAGGGGCGGACCUCACCCUGCCACCUUUGGAAGAGGUGAUAUUACCGAGGAAUUCAUGAAAAGAGUCCUGGAACAUCAGAACUGCACUUACAAUGGUCAGCAAUCAUCAGUGUGCUAUCUUUUUGGUAGAAAAUUCGCUCCAAGUACGUUGGAACCUUUGCUGCUCUUAGCGCCAAAAUAUCUGGGAUUUUGAUAAAUCAACUGCUCUAACUCCUGUAUCCUCUCAAGUACAAGUUUCUUGUUGCUUGGUCUCCCCAAUCUAUCUUAUACUAAAAUGUAUACAAGUUGUAGACUUGAACAAAUCUUUUAGCUUGACUUGGUCAUAUGCAGAUACUUGUGUCAGAUGUAUAGAAAAUAUAGCAUGAUAACAUGGUUUUCAUAAUUAUAUUUUUUGUAUUCAAGGAGGUUAAUCAGAGAUGCAUCAUUGGAUCAGUUUAGUUUAUCA